UACGGAUUGUCAUUUAUUUAACUUGUCUUCACCCUCAAAACACUGCCUUUUGGAUUUACCGAGAUUGUUGACUUUUCAAAAGUAAGGUUAUUACUAAAACAACAGAACAAUGGAGUGGAGGAUUAUAUUUGCCGUUCUGUGCCUAUUUGGAAUCCUACCCGUGCCUGGCAAUGGGCAAUCAUCUGGCAACAUCACUGCUCCACCUAAAGAGAUUAAAAUAAGUUUCAGCAUUGCCGCCACUUUCAAGCCCGUCUACUCCAACAUGAGUGCUCCAGAAACCUUAUUUCUGAUAAACAACAUCACCACUCAGAUUGAGCCAGUUUAUAAAAGCCGUUUUCCAAACUUCCAAAGAAUGUUGAUUCGGGAAUUCAGGAAUGGCUCCAUUGUGACAAAUGGAGCACUUCAGUUUAACAACAAUGGCACUAGCCCCAAUGAGACAAAUGUAAGGCAACUCCUUAUUGAUGCAGUUGCAGCUGGAAAUGUGACCCUCAAAAUCAGCAAUAACACUAUCAAUGUUACAGCGCCUCCACCACCACCUGCAGCCCCAAAUGCAACGGCUCCAAAUGCAAUGGCUUCAAAUGCAACAGCCUCUGCCAAUAGCACUACUCCAGUAGAAUUGAAAUUAAGUUUCAGCAUUGUUGAUACUUUCAAGCCCGUCUACACGAACAUGAGUGCUCCAGAAACCUUAUCUCUCAUAAAAAACAUCACCACACAGAUUGAGCCAGUUUACAAGAAGCGUUUUUCAAAGUUUCUCCGGAUGGUUAUUAAGAGAUUCAGCAAUGGCUCUAUUGUGGUAGAUUCAGCACUUCAAUUUGACAGCAAUGGCACUACUCCUAAUGCGACAGAUGUGAAGCGAGUCCUUACUGAUGCAGCUGCAAAUGGAAACCUGACCAUCAAAAUCAGCAAUGACACCAUCAACGUUACAGCACCUGCCACACCUGCAGCCCCAAAUGCAACGGCUCCAAAUGCAACGGCUCCAAAUGCAACGGCUCCAAAUGCAACAGCUCCAAAUGCAACGGCUCCAAAUGCAACGGCCCCAAAUGCAACAGCAUCUGCCAAUAGCACUACUCCAUUAGAUAUUAACUUAAGUUUCAGCAUUGUUGAUACUUUCAAGGCCGUCUACUCCAACAUGAGUGCUCCAGAAACCUUAUCUCUCAUAAAAAACAUCACCACACAGAUUGAGCCAGUUUACAAGAAGCGUUUUUCAAAGUUUCUCCGGAUGGUUAUUAAGAAAUUCAGGAGUGGCUCUAUUGUGGUAGAUUCAGCACUUCAAUUUGACAGCAAUGGCACUACUCCUAAUGCGACAGAUGUGAAGCGAGUCCUUAUCGAUGCACUCGCAAAUGGAAACCUGACCAUCAAAAUCAGCAAUGACACCAUCAACGUUACAGCACCUGCCAAACCUGCAGCCCCAAAUGCGACGGCUCCAAAUGCAACAGCUCCAAAUGCAACGGCUCCAAAUGCAACGGCUCCAAAUGCAACGGCUCCAAAUGCAACGGCUCCAAAUGCAACAGCAUCUGCCAAUAGCACUACUCCAGUAGAUAUUAACUUAAGUUUCAGCAUUGUUGAUUCUUUCAAGGCCGUCUACUCCAACAUGAGUGCUCCAGAAACCUUAUCUCUCAUAAAAAACAUCACCACACAGAUUGAGCCAGUUUACAAGAAGCGUUUUUCAAAGUUUCUCCGGAUGGUUAUUAAGAGAUUCAGGAGUGGCUCUAUUGUGGUAGAUUCAGCCCUUCAAUUUGACAGCAAUGGCACUACUCCUAAUGCGACAGAUGUGAAGCGAGUCCUUAUUGAUGCAGCUGCAAAUGGAAACCUGACCAUCAAAAUCAGCAAUGACACCAUCAACGUUACAGCACCUGCCACACCUGCAGCCCCAAAUGCAACGGCUCCAAAUGCAACGGCCCCAAAUGCAACGACUCCAAAUGCAACGGCACCAAAUGCAACGGCACCAAAUGCAACGGCCCCAAAUGCAACAGCAUCUGCCAAUAGCACUACUCCAGUAGAUUUUAACUUAAGUUUCAGCAUUGUUGAUACUUUCAAGGCCGUCUACUCCAACAUGAGUGCUCCAGAAACCUUAUCUCUCAUAAAAAACAUCACCACACAGAUUGAGCCAGUUUACAAGAAGCGUUUUUCAAAGUUUCUCCGGAUGGUUAUUAAGAGAUUCAGGAGUGGCUCUAUUGUGGUAGAUUCAGCACUUCAAUUUGACAGCAAUGGCACUACUCCUAAUGCGACAGACGUGAAGCGAGUCCUUAUCAAUGCACUUGCAAAUGGAAACGUGACCAUCAAAAUCAGCAAUGACACCAUCAACGUUACAGCACCUGCCACACCUGCAGCCCCAAAUGCAACGGCCCCAAAUGCAACGGCUCCAAAUGCAACGGCUCCAAAUGCAACGGCUCCAAAUGCAACGGCUCCAAAUGCAACGGCUCCAAAUGCAACAGCAUCUGCCAAUAGCAGUACUCCAUUAGAUAUUAACUUAAGUUUCAGCAUUGUUGAUACUUUCAAGGCCGUCUACUCCAACAUGAGUUCUCCAGAAACCUUAUCUCUCAUAAAAAACAUCACCACAGAGAUUGAGCCAGUUUACAAGAGGCGUUUUUCAAAGUUUCUCCGGAUGGUUAUUAAGAGAUUCAGGAGUGGCUCUAUUGUGGUAGAUUCAGCCCUUCAAUUUGACAGCAAUGGCACUACUCCUAAUGCGACAGAUGUGAAGCGAGUCCUUAUCGAUGCACUUGCAAAUGGAAACCUGACCAUCAAAAUCAGCAAUGACACCAUCAACGUUACAGCACCUGCCACACCUGCAGCCCCAAAUGCAACGGCUCCAAAUGCAACGGCUCCAAAUGCAACGGCUCCAAAUGCAACGGCUCCAAAUGCAACGGCCCCAAAUGCAACGGCUCCAAAUGCAACGGCUCCAAAUGCAACGGCUCCAAAUGCAACGGCCCCAAAUGCAACAGCAUCUGCCAAUAGCACUACUCCAUUAGAUAUUAACUUAAGUUUCAGCAUUGUUGAUACUUUCAAGGCCGUCUACUCCAACAUGAGUUCUCCAGAAACCUUAUCUCUCAUAAAAAACAUCACCACACAGAUUGAGCCAGUUUACAAGAAGCGUUUUUCAAAGUUUCUCCGGAUGGUUAUUAAGAGAUUCAGGAGUGGCUCUAUUGUGGUAGAUUCAGCACUUCAAUUUGACAGCAAUGGCACUACUCCUAAUGCGACAGACGUGAAGCGAGUCCUUAUCGAUGCACUUGCAAAUGGAAACCUGACCAUUAAAAUCAGCAAUGACACCAUCAACGUUACAGCACCUGCCACACCUGAACCCUCUAACAGCCCCAAAUGCAACGGCUCCAAAUGCAACGGCCCCAAAUGCAACGGCUCCAAAUGCAACGGCUCCAAAUGCAACGGCCCCAAAUGCAACGGCUCCAAAUGCAACGGCUCCAAAUGCAACGGCUCCAAAUGCAACGGCUCCAAAUGCAACGGCCCCAAAUGCAACAGUCGCUGCCAAUAG